UAGAAAGGGGCUAAAAUAAUCCAGAAGCUUUCUUUUUUAAACUACUUAUUUUUCCAUGAUCAAUAUGUAUCUCAUGAGUUCAUUUCCAGAAUUUUAUAUUCAAUCUUUGAAGUCUCAACUCUGAAGUCGCACACCAAACUAGUUUAGUUUAGGAACUUAAAUAGAGCAUCCUGUUGCUUACUUCUCUCCAUCUCUGGCCAAAACCCAAGUCUUCUUCUCCCUCGUCAAUGGCUAAGAUUUUCCCACAUAGACCAAUAUUUUCUCCUUUCAUCACAUUAAAGAGAGAGACAUUUACUGUGUGGAUGAAGUCUUUAGUAUGCCAUACUAAUGGCUGCACUGUCUUUGAUUCCAAUGGUGAGAUCAUUUAUCGUGUCGAAAACUACAACACAAAGUGCAGCAAUGAGGUGCAUCUGAUGGAUCUUCGAGGCAGAGUUCUUGUAACAAUAAGAAGAAAGAGAUUACUAGUUUUUGGACGAUGGUAUGGAUACAGAUGGAAUCCAGCGAACAUAGACAAGGAGAAGCCAUGGUUUCAGAUAAAAAAAUACUGCAGAAUUUGCAUGGGGAAUUCAGCCUGUGAAGUUACCGUAGGGUUGAAGAAGUACUGGGUUGUGAAAAUGGUACAUAAAGCAGCUUUCAGAAUCGUAGACCUGGAUGGAGAUGUUGUAGCAGAGGUGAAGGAGAAGCAAUCAUCUUCAGGAAUGGCAUUAGGAGAUGAUGUGCUAAGUUUGAUCGUUGAACCUCACAUUGAUCAUUCUCUUAUCAUGGCAAUUGUGACUGUCUAUGGAUUAAUCAAUUAUAAAAUGUAGAUUUGUAUUCACAUAUCCAUUUAUCUCCAUAAAAUCAUGGAUAAU